AUGUCAGAUCUAGAUAGCGAUAUUGAGCUUCUUAAGCAAUGCGAGUACAUCAAAGAAUCUGAAGUAAAAGAGUUGUGUGCAAAGGCGAGAGAUUUAUUGAUUGAAGAAAGCAAUGUUCAUCGAAUAAAUUCUCCAAUCACCAUAUGUGGUGAUAUUCAUGGACAAUUUUAUGAUCUCAUGAAAUUAUUCAAAGUAGGAGGAGAGCCUCCUGAAACAAAUUACAUAUUUUUAGGAGAUUUCGUCGAUCGCGGAUAUUUUAGCGUUGAAACUUGGCUUCUUUUAUUAGCCUAUAAAGUAAAAUAUCCAGACAGAAUGAUGCUUAUAAGAGGAAAUCAUGAGUCAAGACAAAUUACCCAAGUUUAUGGCUUUUAUGAUGAAUGCAUUAGAAAAUAUGGGAGUGCUAACGUAUGGCGCUAUUGUACAGAAAUUUUCGAUUAUUUGCCGUUAGGUGCGCUUAUAGAUGGAAAAGUAUUUUGCAUUCAUGGCGGGUUAUCACCCUCCGUAAGCUCUCUUGAUGAAAUAAGAGCAAUUGACAGAAAGCAAGAAGUUCCUCAUGACGGAGCAAUGUGUGAUUUAUUAUGGUCUGAUCCUGAAGAAAUUAAUGGAUGGGAGCUUUCACCAAGAGGAGCAGGGUAUGUCUUUGGAGGAAAUAUUGUAAGAGAGUUUUGCAAACUCAACAAUAUAAAAACAAUAGCAAGAGCCCAUCAACUUGUCAUGGAGGGUUACAAGUGCAUGUUUGAAAAUAAACUCAUCACUGUAUGAUCUGCCCCGAACUAUUGUUAUCGUUGUGGAAACAUCGCAGCUAUUAUGCAGCUUGACUCCGAUCUCAAUCAAAAUUUCAUUACUUUUGAAGCGGCGCCAGAAGAUGAAAGACAAGUUCCAGCGAGGAAGCCAGCUCCUGAAUAUUUUUUAUAG